UUACGUCAUGUUUACUGGCAAAGAAGGUUCCAUCGGAUUCCGCGGAAGAACGCCAUCUUUGAGCACAACGAGUCGCAGUCGAUUUUGCUUAAACCUUUGUUCCAAGUUUUCUUCAUCUUAAAAGCUCGCCACAUCUCUUCUCAAGAGUUAAUAUUUGAGAUGCGCCACUCAAAGCGCAUGCGCUCCCCGGGCGUUUGGCUUGAUGAAUACAGCUGGGAGGAACGCAUGGAGUGCCACAAACGCAGGAAACUUUCGCACAGCAGCGAAAGAGAAAACAAAUCCAGAAGACAACAGCGCCACCACAAGGCCUGCGAGGGGCACUACCUGGAGGCCCGAAGUCUAAACCAGAGACUGGAUUCUCAAGAGCACCAUACAGAUGACUACAAUUUUGACAUGAUUUAUGAUGACAACAGUCGAGAUGGCGCCUGCAAAGACAGAGACCUUGAUUGGCACCAUUACAGCAAGUCUUCUGGGCGCAGUGGACACAGCAGACGUGACAGACACAGAGACCGAAAGUAUAGACGCAGCCAUUCUCGCCACAGAUCCUCAUCGAGGAGGAGCCAUCACCGCAGGAAAAGAUCCAGGAGUGUUGAGGAUGAUGGCGAGGGUCACCUCAUCUAUCACAGUGGAGACAUGCUAAGAGCGAGAUAUGAGAUUGUGUAUACACUGGGAGAGGGUGCCUUUGGGAAAGUCGUCGAAUGCAUUGAUCACGCAAAUAACGGGGCUCGUAUAGCUCUGAAGAUCAUAAAAAAUAUAGACCGCUACCGAGAGGCGGCGUUGUCUGAGGUAGAGGUGCUGAAACAGCUGAAUUCUGUUGAUGCUGACAAGAGAUACUCAUGCGUGCGCAUGCUGGACUGGUUUGACUACCAUGGCCACAUUUGCAUUGCUUUUGAGCUGCUUGGCCUCAGCACCUAUGAUUUCCUCAAAGAGAACAACUUCCAACCUUUUCCUAUUGAACACAUCAGGCACAUGGCCUUCCAGAUUGUUCGAGGUGUAAAAUUUUUGCACAAAAACAAGCUGACUCACACGGAUUUGAAGCCUGAAAAUAUACUUUUUGUAGACUCAAACUACAAUAUGGAAUAUAACCGUGAAAAGAGACGAGAUGAACGAACAUUGAAGAACCCGGAUGUGAGGAUUGUGGACUUUGGGAAUGCCACCUUUGAUCACGAGCACCACACUUCGGUCGUCUCCACCCGCCACUAUCGCGCUCCUGAAGUCAUUCUUGAUUUGGGUUGGGACCAUUCCUGUGAUGUCUGGAGCAUAGGCUGCAUUCUGAUUGAAUACUACCUCGGAACGACCCUCUUCCAGACUCAUGACAGUAAAGAGCACCUCGCUAUGAUGGAGAGAGUACUGGGCCCUAUUCCUACAAAGCUUCUGGAGAAAACCAGGAAGCGACGAUACGUUCACAGAAACAGGCUGGACUGGGAUGGUCAGAGCUCCUCUGGGAGAUACGUCAAGAAACACUGCAAACCUCUCAAGCAUUACAUGUGGUCAAAGGGGGAAGACCACCGGCAGCUUUUCGAUCUGAUUGAGAAGAUGAUGGACUACGACCCCAACAAGCGCAUCACUCUGGAGCAGGCCCUCCAUCAUCCCUUCUUCUCCUGCUUCUACAAGAGCAACAACAGGAAAAGCUGCAGCAGCAACAGAAGCACCAGCAGCAGUAGUGCCGGAAGCAAAUGAGGCCUCCAGCAGCCUCCAGUUCCUGACUCUCCAGGAGAGAUGUACUCUGACUGUAUCAGUCACAGCUUUGCUCCGGCCCGUUCUGUAAAUAAAUGUUUUAGAUCUCAAUGGAAAGUUACCAUCCUUUCUUCUGGCAUGUUGUGAUGUCAUAAAUCCAAACAGCAGGUGGUUUCUAUUUAUUUACAUUUGUAAUUCAAAUUACAAAGCAGUAAUAGAUAUUUUGUUAUUUUUGAUUCAAUGUUCAGUCUUUUUCUUAGCUUUUCUUUGUGCAUUAGUGUGUGAUGGAGCUGGUCCAGAUAAACCUCACCAGUGCUUUCUUUGGUUUUGUGAAGUGUUAAAAAAAAGUUUAAUCCUCCAAAGUUGUACAUAGACCUUGUUAAAAGAUAACCUUUUUUCACCCCACUGUCAUGUAAUUUUUUUCAUUAUGUUCAAAUAAAAGUGAAAGAACUGGAA